AAAAAAAGGUUAGGAGGGAUUGUAGAUACAACAUUGCGGAGCUUGUUGUAAGAGACAAGGUUGUGGUGGUCGUCAUCUGCGUGCACCAGUUUCCAGGGGAGAAACCACAGCUUAAGAGAUGACAUGCUUUGGGAGAAGUGGAGCGAGACAGUACAACCGAUCUGAAACCCCCCGCAUCCGGUGGACCGAGGACCUCCAUCGCCGCUUCAUCCAAGCUGUCGCGAGCCUCGGAGGAGAGAACAAAGCAACUCCAAAGCAAAUCUUACGACUGAUGAGUGUGAAGGGACUCGGGAUGUCUCAUGUUAAAAGCCACCUGCAAAUGUACAGAAUCACCAUCAGCCAAGCCAAACUCCACAAGUUUCCAUCCACAGACAACAAGAAAAGGAGGAGGAGAACACAGCAUUACACUUCUUUUGUUGAUUCCACUUCACCAGUACUUCAUUGUGAAGAUCCACGGAUGAACUCCAGACUCGGCUGCAACUACAUCUUCCAAUUACCAUCAUUUGAAGGUGUGAUGAGAGAGUUGAUCUCAAGGAGCAUAAAUAAUGACACAAAUAAUUUUGGAUAUAUUGAAAGAGAUCUAUCCAACCAAGAUGACGAGUUACUUCAGCUGGAUUGCGAGCUGACUCUAUCAUCUUUCAACCAUCAGAAGCCAGAGGAAACAGUGGUUCCCAGGAUCACAAGCAGUGAAGGUUCCAUUGGCUGUAGAGACCCAACUUGCAGUCACCUUGACCUAGAGCUGGCAAUCUCAUCUCCUAGUUCUUGUCAUCUCAUCGGACAGUUGGAGAGUGAAUGAGUUAAUACACUGAGAUCAUCUUGUGCAGAGGAGGAAAGAUGAGUUAUUAGCACAUAUAAAUAUAUA